AUCAAUAGGCGGAUGCUAGCAGAGAUAUGACACAUAUUAAAAAGUCAAAUUCAAUUUUAGUGAAAGAAUCAAUUUGAGACAUUUGUGUAGCCAAUGGGAAAUUUUGUCAUAUUGCACUACGCGACGUGGGUCAUUUUUCUAAUCAUACAAUUCAAUAAUUGAAAAGUCGGUAAUAUGCCAUCUCUGUUUAUCAUGAGGCGCGUCAACAGUUUGGCAGGAAUUACGAACUGGGGAAGAAGCAGUAUUGAGCAGGUUACAGUUUCUGGGCGACAAGCGGAUGUGCUUUUGUACUUUUGAAACGGGUAUAUGUUUUCCACAAUCAACCAUAAAUGGAGAGACUGCACGAAUCCUUGUCAGGCUCUUCUUCAGCCAAGGAGCAGGAUGAGCGGCAGAUUAUGUCUCUUUCUGCAGCCGAAUGUGAACAAUUUAGGAGGCUGCAGAACAGUACCUUAGAGAAAGAAUUAUUCACUGGGAGGUGUGUGGAGCCAUGUUUUGAAGAUUAUCAGUUGAUUGGGGACAGCCUGUUACUCAGAUUUUCAGAACAGUUACUUUUUUACAAAUGUAAAACAGAUGAGUACAAUGGUGCCCGUGCCCUUGGUCUGUGUGUCAGCGGCCAGACAGUUGGUGAACUUUUGAGAAGAGUUGUCAGUGAAAUGUACCCGAUUUCAAAGAAGGUGAUCCUUCUGAUAGGAACAAAUGAUAUGCUUAGGGAUACAAAAAUGGACCUUAUGAAGAGAAAACUGAGACGUGUUGUGAAAGAGCUGACACUACGCACAGAAAAAAUAAUAGUGUUGACCCUUCCCCCAGUACCUCGGCUCUCACAUAAGCCCGAUCACUGGCAGCGCCUCGACGAUUACAAUACAUGCAUCAAAGGACGGGAAAAGUAUAAGAAUGUUGUAGUGGCAGACAUCACAAGCCUAUUCCUGAUCGGUCCACAAAGAUGCCGCACUGACUGCUAUGAGCUUUUUUAUUCUGGAACAAGACGUCCGGACAGAGUGCACCUAAACAGGGCAGGGCUUCAGAAAAUUCACAGUUUUCUUCUGCAGAAGCAGCUAUUGAAUGACUAGACUGGUGACUGGGGCAGCAUUUAUGAUUGCAUUUCUGCCUAUGACUCAUCUACACUUUGUGCACUGAACAGUGGCAGUAAACUGAUGCAGUUGACGAGCUGUGUCCUGCCAUCACUUUUAUUCCACUCUGGACUCUUGCAUUAAUUUUAAUUUCGUUUUUAGUAUUGCUCCACCUGGAGAGGUUAAAGUUACAACUGUUUACACAUUGUCAUCUGUAUUGAAUAAAUGUUUUGUUUGUUGAACAGGAGUUACGACUGACUGAAGUAGUUUCAGUGCCCAUUAUGAUGUUGUUCCAAGUGAAAAUUUCUUCUUACAAUGCUCAGCAGUCUUUGUGCAUGUGAAAAUAUUUUGCUUAAAUGAUUUAAGCAUACAGUUUUCAAAACUGUCAAGUGGUUAGCUUUUUUAAGCUACUGCUCUGUAAUCAUGAGAUGUAAAAUAAAUACAAUGUAUUAACAACUUGUUUGUAAAUUGAUACCAGUUUUAUGACAGACUUUUUAAGAAAAAAGGCUUUUGUUUCAAUUUUGUAUUUUGUUUCUUCAGAAAAUAAAAUUUUUCCACUUCAGAAGAAUCAUAUACCAUAUACCAAAUAUCCAACAGAGGUGUGUCUGGUAUGUGAAAAGAAGUAAAGAAAGUGUUCAUUUAACUGUGCUACAAUAGAGUUACAAAGUUACGA